AUGUCGUUCUUCACGCUAUUAGCCUCGGGCGCGAUAGAAGCGAAAGAGAGGGAACUGGGACAUGAGAUUGACGUCGUUCGCGAACCGGUGCUCUGCAUGGAGAUCCUCGCGAACAGCUACCUCAAAUCUCCCUUGUCCAAGGCGUUAGCUGAUAUCUUGAAGGUCACACGCGGCGCUACGAGUACAUUCACAAACACCUGUCCCAGAGGCGAGGUGCACACCCGGUUCCUGACAGAAUUGUCCCAGGACUUCUCCUUCGAAAAGGAUGCGAUGAAGUAUCUGGAUAGAAUGCUCACUCAAUUCGUGGACUUCCCUCAAAGACGUCAAGGUCGAUACUGAUCAGAAAAUAGACUUCAUUGUGGCAGCAAGCUGGGUUCCCUGUGAAAAGAACAGGAUCGCUGUAUGAAACAGUCAUGCUUCAGAUUAGAUUGUACCUUAUCGAGAUCGGACCCAGUCCUUCAAGCAGGCUGCCGGCCAGAGUGACGCUGAGAAGAAGACCACGCUGGAACUUCAGUAUACCAUCGAAAUCUGCAAGUUGGUAGAGCGAAGGUAUCUUCAGUGCAGGGAAAAUUUGGAUGAGGCGUUCCGAUGCAUCGAUCGGUCUGGGGUUGACGAGUUUCGGAGGAAGGCGAUAAAGUCGAUGUAUGCGGAUGCGCGUUAGGCAUCGGUUGGGAUAGUCUUAGAUUAGUACUGUGCUCAAUCUAUUCAAGGAAUCCAUCAUUCCGUUCUGAG